AUUAUGUGUGUAUAUUCAUGUUUUCCCAUGUCAUUGCAGCGCUGCAAGCUCAGACUGUCUUAGUCAAUGACACAGUCUCGGGAUUUAUCGGGACAGACGUGGUCCUGCACUGCAGCUUCACCAACCCGCUCCCCAAUGUGAAGAUCACGCAGGUCACGUGGCAGAAAGUCACCAACGGCACCAAGCAGAAUGUGGCCAUUUACAACCCUGCCAUGGGGGUCUCCAUCCUCUCUCCCUACAAAGAACGGGUGACUUUCCGGAACCCUUCCUUCAAAGAUGGCACCAUUCAGCUCUCUCGGCUCGAGUUGGAGGAUGAGGGGGUUUACAUCUGCGAGUUUGCCACCUUCCCAACCGGCAACAGGGAAAGUCAGCUGAACCUCACAGUGCUGGCCAAACCCACGAAUCGGAUGGAGGGCACCACGCGGCCGCUGAUCGCCAAGUCGGGCAGGACAGAAAAGAUCUUGGUAGCCACUUGCAUCUCCUCCAAUGGGAAGCCCCCCAGCACCGUCACCUGGGACACCAAGCUGAAAGGGGAAGCAGAAUUUCAGGAGAUCCGGAACAGCAAUGGCACCAUCACGGUGAUCAGCCGGUACCGCUUGGUGCCGAGCCGCGAAGCCCAUCGGCAGCAGCUCAUGUGUGUGGUCAACUACCAGCUGGACCGCUUCACUGACAGCAUCACCCUCAACGUGCAGUAUGAGCCAGAAGUCACCAUCGAGGGCUUCGAUGGCAACUGGUUCCUCAAUCGGAAAGAUGUCAAGCUGAUAUGCAAGUCUGAUGCCAACCCCCCAGCUCACACCUACGAAUGGAAGCUGCCAAACGGGACUCUGCCAGGGAGUGUGGAAAUCCAGAACAACACCAUCUAUUUCAAGGGCCCCAUCUCCUACAGCGUGGCUGGCACCUACAUCUGUGAGGCCUCCAAUGCCAUCGGCACGCGGUCGGGCUUGGUGGAAGUCAAUGUCACAGAAUUUCCCUACACCCCGUCUCCAAUCGAUGAUCGCAAAUCCAUGGUGCAGCCGAACAUCCCCACCCCUGUGAUCGGGGGCAUAGUGGGAGGAGUCUCGCUGGUCCUGGUGGUGGCCGUGGUGCUUUUUGUGGUGCUCCGCCGCCGGCGUCACACCUUCAAGGGUGAUUACAGCACAAAGAAGCACGUGUACGGCAACGGCUACAGCAAAGCCGGCAUCCCGCAGCACCACCCGCCCAUGGCCCAGAACCUGCAGUACCCUGACGACUCGGACGACGAGAAGAAGCCGGGCCCAUUGGGCGGCAGCACCUACGAGGAUGAGGAUGAGGAUGCAGGAGCUGAGCGCAAGCUGGGCGGCCCCAACAAAUACGAGGAGGACGCCAAGCGGCCGUACUUCACGGUAGACGAAGGGGAAGCGCACCCCGAACCUUACGACGAAAGGACACUCGGCUUCCAGUACGACCCCGAGCAGCUCGACAUAGCAGAGAACAUGGUCUCGCAGAAUGAUGGAUCUUUUAUUUCCAAAAAGGAGUGGUACGUGUAGCUCGGCUCGCCCCGGCUCCGGCCAUGCACACACACACACACACACACACACUCACGCGCAUCCCCGAGCGGAGCCAUGCACGGACCGGGGGCUCGGGGCGGGGGCAGCUUUGCUUUACGGAUCAUUUGUUUGGUGGGGGGGGGGGGGGCGGGGGGGGGGAAAGGGAGGGGAGGAUUGGAUGGGGAGGUGGGAGGUCGGGUAAUUAUUUUCUCGGUUUUGGUUUUGCUUUUUUAAUUUCUCUUGACGACUUUUCGUCCCCUUCUGUGGUGUUUGUAUCGGUCGGUGGCUUAGGUGUUACUAUUUGCUUUAACGACUGUUGCCCAGCCUGUAUAUUACACUCUGUUUGUGUCUCCGUGUCUCAGAGCGCCCCCCCCGAGGCUCCUCCUCCCGCUCCCACCCCCCUGAAACACUGGAAUUUGUUUGUAUGUCGUCGUCUUUUCUUUGCUUUAACCUCGGGAGGGGGUCCGGGGGCAGAAAAGCUCACGGUAAAGGAAGUGGAGGUGCCACAAUUGGGGGAAGCGAUUGCUCUCGGUGGGAUAUAUGGGGUGUUCCCACUGCACUGAGGAUCUGCUCCCAGCUCACAAUGGCUCAAUACAGGGAUCAUGGGGAAGGAAAGCCCUCGAACAAACCCCAGGUGCAUGGGCUGAUAGCAGCGCGGAGCAACAGAGCUGCCAUUUCCCUCCUGCCGUUCAUCACCCUUCUGGCUUUUCAUUUCUGCCUUUGUUGGAGCAUGUUUUAAAAGAAAGACAAGGAGUAUUUAUUGCUGACGUUCCCUCUGCGACGGCUCGGAGAGGUGCUGGCUCUUCUCAGCCCUGUUGCACACCGGCGCGCAUCCUCCUGCCCACCCGUGGCUUUGGGGUCCCUGUGUUCUAUGAUACCACUCAGACUUCAUCGUCGUGUGUUUACACUUCUUUCUUCCUUCUUUCAGUCAGAGCAUGCGGGCAGCUCGCUCUGUUUUAGCAAUUUGGGGACGUAUGGCUUCGCCUGCAUUGAUUGCCACUUUCCCAGUACCCCGUCCCUCCUCUAAGCAAAGCCUCAGUAGAUAGGGAGGUAGAGAGGAAGGAAGGAGGGAGUUGGCGUGUUGCUCUCAUCCUCCUUCCCCCUGCCUUGUGGACUGCUGCUAUCUCUGCUCUGUGGAUAGAUGGGAUUCCAGGCACUAGGACCUGACACUGACCUUAUCCACCUUCACUGGGUCGGGGCUUAUAGCUCUUUUUUUAUUUUUAUUUUUUAUUUUUUAAUUGAUGUAUAAAUAAAUCUUUUGGUUUGGAAAGAAA